UGGCUGUGCGCGACCCCGCGACGGACUCGCGGUUCUCUGCACUUGGCAGAAGAGAGACAGACCGACGCAGCCAGCAGUUAACGGAACUACAGGCGCUCUCCUCACGGACUGCAGGCGCUGCGGGGACGAAGAUGUCAGUGAAAACGAAGAGAACAAUAAGUGUAAAGAAUGAGUCCAAGAAGUGCGCGGCGCGCUUUUGGAGGUUCGUUCCGCACCUUUUGCUGUGCUCCUCUUUGGUGGCAUACGCAGCGCUGGGUGCGCUUAUUUUCCAACACAUCGAGGGACACACACCGUCCGCUGUCCAGGAGGAGUACCACAAGUUUCUGUGCCAAAUGGUAGAGACCGUACAGAAGCUCACCGCUAAUAGCACCGCCACUGAACAAAUAGUGGAGGGAGUGACGGAGAAAAUGCAGGAGUUCCAGUCCAUAUGGUUCCAGAGACCUGAUAGAUGGGAUUUUUUCGGCUCUAUGUUCUUCUGUUGCACUGUUUUCACAACUGUUGGUUAUGGGGAGAUCUAUCCCGUCACCCUGCCUGGUAAGGUGGCGUGUGUCUUCUAUGCCAUGGUGGGCAUCCCUCUUAUGCUUCUGGUCAUCCUCGAUGUUGGAGACUUCCUUGCUAUGGUGAUGUCUAGAGCCUACAUCCAUGCUCACACCCUUUCCAAAAACCUCUUCUCCCGCACCUGGUCUCCAUGGAAGACUGAGGAGAGAGACUCGAGCCGCCAGGUCCUGGAGGAUGGUACUUUUGUCUUCAGCCGUGACGUUGUGAUCCGCGAGCCCCUCGACAUCCGACAGGUGCUCCGCAGCCAGGCAGAUGUACGGCACAAGUCCAUCCAGCUUCAAAACAAAAAAGAGAUUUUUGAAAAGAUUCUUGCCAGAGAGAAUUUACUGAGGAAGGGUCCACUGCUCAGGACGCUGUCCUGCCCAGAGCUUGAUCGUCUGCCACCACCACCCAAAGGAUAUGCCUUGUGGGAUUUCACAGGAUUAGGAGAUGAAAUGGAAACACUGAAUGUCCCCUUCAUGCUCAUUCUUUUCAUCGUCUUUGCCUACAUUUGCUUUGGGGGCUUGAUUCUGCCAAUAUGGGAAACUGAUUUUAAAGACUUUGAUCCCUAUUACUUUUGCUUCAUCACCCUCACUACCAUUGGUUUUGGUGAUAUUAUACCCAAGCACCCCAAGUUCUUCAUGCUUACCUCGCUGUUCAUCAUUGUCGGCAUGGCUAUCAUGUCCAUGGCUUUUAAAUUGAGCCAAACACGAAUUGUAAGCUGUUACCGCCAAUGUGUCAAGUUCAUCAGCAGAGGAAACGUGGAAACCUUUAAGAACAGCGAAAAGGAUUAGGUCACCGAGAGAGUCUCUGCCUCACUCUUGGCUUUGAAACAGGCCCAUAUCAGGAGCCAGUAGGAGUUGCAUGCCUUUUUUCUUACAAGCAUGAGUAAAGGAAAAAGUUGCAUGUGCCCUUCACGAUUGCGUGCUGAAGGAGGUUUACAUUUUCACAGCUGUAAUAAUGAGGCUAAACAUUUGUUUCUACGUAGAGACAGUGAAUCACAAGGAGUUUUCCAUGUUGUUGUGGUUGCCUUAUACAUCAAUUAGCUACACAUAAGUUAUUAAUGUGAUUGGGAUUUAGGGAAUUGGACUGGAGACUGGCUAAGCCACUCCAUGACCUUAAUCAGCUUCUUUUUUAGCCAUACCUUUGUUGCCUUAGUGGUAUGUUUCAGGUCAUUGUCCUGCUGGAAGACCCACCCAUCGUCAGUGUUCUGGCUGAGGGAACAGAGAUGCAUGUCAAACAUAUAAAAAGAAGAAUCACAACAACAGUUGUCACCUUCUCACCUGCCUUAUACACGUCUACAGUCUUGUCCGGAUGUCUUUUGGCAGAACCUCUUGGCCUUGUUGGUGGAGAGGUUGGAAUGAAAGAAAUUGCUAACCAUCGGCGAGGCUGUAGGUGCUCAAAUAUUUCACUCAGUAACAUGCAAAUCAAUUUAUUUAUUUAACUUUUAUGCAAUGUGUUUGUUUUUCUGGAUUUUUGGUUGAUAUUUUUCUCUCUCUAUUAAAAUGAAACUACCAUACAAAUGAUAAACUGUUGAUGUCUUUGUAAGUGAGCAAACUUACAGCAGCAAGGUAUCAAAUAAUCCUUUCUCCCGCUGUGCUUCAGGCACAGGUUAGUUUAUUUGUACCCGUGGUCUGCAGCAGUGUGUCAUCCAUCCUCACAUUUACUGAAAUUCUGAAGAAAUAAACAAAUGAAACAGAUUCACGUAGCAUCAUGGUAAGGUAUAGUAUUUAUGUAGUGUUUUUCUCAUUUUGAGCACUUACAGCACUUUAUUGUCUCAUUCACGCACUUUUUUCUUUCUCAGCACGUUUUACCGAAUGUUCACACAGUUUUAAAAAGUUAUAUAUAUUUGUUUAGGAUGGUCUGUCAAGCAUUUCUUCAUUAGAACUGAAUUCAUACAUUCAUGCAGUAACGUGUUUUGUCCAGCAGGUGGCACCGAGAGAACACAUCAAGCCUAAAGCACUAAACCAGUUUUAGCACUACUAGCUGGGUUACUAGUGAAGGUUUUAACAGCACAUCUCUACCUACCACUAUACUUACAAUAAAGAAGUAUAGACAACAUCGUUCUAACAUUACCAAAUCUGCAGUAUUAACUUUAAACUUAGACUGUUAUAAUAUUUAAGCUUAGCUGUACCAGGUUUAAAUAUCCCACAGUACUGAGCAGCUGCUUUAUCUUUGCUUCAUGACUUUGUUUGAAGCAGCAAUCUUCAAAUAAACUCAUGAUAAGUGUUGGGCUCAUGGUGCUGACGAACAUUUAACUGAAUUUGGCUGAAAUCUGGCUGCAACCAGUGAGUGCAGUCACCACAGCAAGAGGACACAAAAUGACACAAUACUAGGAUCAUACACUUUAUUGUACUGUCUUAGAAUAGAAUAGAAUA